CGCUCCCGCCGCCGCCAUGUCCCCGGCCCCAGGCCCAGCCUCAGCCUCGGCCCCGCUGCGGGUCCUGAGCCGCCGGGAGUGCCCGGUGAGCCGGGCCCGGCUGCUGCAGCUGGAGCUGCCGCACGGGGAGCUGCAGACCCCGGUCUUUAUGCCGGUGGGAACCCAGGGAACCCUCAAAGGCAUCGCCGUGAGGCAGCUCGAGGCCCUGGGCUGCAGCAUCCUCCUCGGGAACACCUACCACCUGGGGGCGCGCCCGGGGCCAGAACUUAUCUCCAAAGCCAAUGGGCUGCAUGGUUUUAUGAACUGGAAGAGAGCGCUUCUAACUGACAGUGGUGGGUUUCAGAUGGUCUCUUUAGUGGAAUUGGCUGAAGUAACAGAACAAGGAGUACGAUUCUCUUCUCCUUAUGAUGGAAAGGAAAUUCUUCUGACACCUGAAAAAUCGAUUGAAAUACAGAAUGCUCUUGGUUCAGACAUCAUGAUGCAGUUGGACGAUGUUGUGAGCAGCACAGUGUCGGGGCCGAGAGUUGAGGAAGCCAUGUACAGGUCUAUUCGCUGGUUGGAUCGCUGCAUUGCAGCAAAUAAGAACCCUGAGCAACAGAAUCUGUUUGCUAUUAUUCAGGGCGGCCUGGAUGCUGAACUGCGUAAGAAAUGUCUGACAGAGAUGAUUAAGCGUGAUGUCUCUGGAUUUGCCAUUGGGGGACUGAGUGGCGGGGAAGAGAAGGAUAAUUUCUGGAGAAUGGUGACACUCAGCACAGAGCAUCUCCCACGAGAGAAGCCACGCUACCUGAUGGGAGUGGGAUAUGCAACAGAUCUUGUGGUUUGUGUGGCUCUGGGUUGUGACAUGUUUGAUUGUGUGUUUCCCACACGGACAGCGCGAUUUGGGUCCGCACUUGUUCCUUGGGGAUCUCUGCAACUGAAAAACAGGCAGUAUGCCAAGGAUUUCAAACCCAUCGAUGAGGAUUGCGACUGUCCGACGUGUAAGAGGUACACUCGAGCAUAUCUACACGCCCUGUUCAGGAGUGACACUGCUGCCCUCCAUCACAUCACCAUCCACAACAUUGCCUACCAGUUGAACCUGAUGUGCUCAAUUCGUGAGAGUAUUCGGCAGGGACAAUUUCCAGUCUUCAUUCAGCAGUUCAUGAAGCGAAUGUAUGGAAGUAAAGAGCAAUACCCACGCUGGGCUGUUGAAGCACUCAGCACUGUUAAUGUUCAACUGGAAUAGAGGGACUGGCACACCUAUUACUGUACCAAGGUGAGAGACUCACCAAGGAAAGGGACACUCUCCAUUGUGUGCUGGAGCCUGUGACCUCUUGCACUCACCCAUGUUUGUGUUGCUAGCUGUGUAAUUUGUUCUAGGAUCAAAUGAUUUUUAAUACAUUGAAACAUGUGACAGCAGCUCUUUUAUCCAUCAUGUGAUCCUGCCUCCAGAUAUGUGCUGAUCCUGGGCAGUCUGCCUGAAGUUCAUGCUGAAGCCAGAAUCCUUAUUAUUAGCUUCAAUUCCUGUACCCUUUUUCCAGUGUGUCCUAAAAGUGUCUAAAAGUCUGAAGUAGAGAACCUUGUAAGAGUCACAAACUGGAUAAUAAAUAGGGAACAAAAGGACAAGAUAUUCUUAACGUGAACUCAUUUAUGUCUCAUUAAAACAGCUACUGGUUAUGAAUACAAAA